AUGUAAAUUCAUUAUUUAGAAUUAACUGAUUUCAAAUCAUUCCGCGGUAAACACUAAGUAGGCCCUUUUGAGAAUCUUACUGCAAUAAUAGGACCUAAUGGCUGUGGUAAGAGUAAUAUAAUAGAUUCUCUUUGUUUUGUAUUUAAUGUAGAAAAUGCAAGAAACCAUAAUCCCAUAAGUUCAUUAAAAGAUGGAUAACGCCCUUAAUAAUGUUCAGUAGAAGCUUUUUUAUAUACUGAUGAAUAAAAAAAUACUAUUGUUAGUUUUAGAAGAUUACAGACAAGAAAAAGGCAAUUUAUAUAUUAUUAUAAUAACAAUGAAAUAACAGAAGAAGAAUAUAUUGAUUAGCUAGCUACAUUUAAAAUUGGUCCUGAAGUUUUUAUGCUUUAAGGUGAAUCAGAUAAAUUGAUAAAAAAGAUCCAAUGGAAAUGA